UUUGUUAAUUAUUUUUUUAAUAUUGAGUUGAUGUUUGUAUUUCUAACGGAUUUAUUUGAAAUUUUUUUAUUUAAGAAGGAGAUCUUUUUGAGAUUAUUAUUUUGUAGAUUCUUUUACAAGUUUACCAUUAAAGCAAACAUUAAUCUCUUACGGACAUCGCUUCACCAUUUAUUGGUCCCCAGGGUCUCUAACUUGAUGAUGGCGGAUAAGUUUUCUCGAAUACCUGAGCUCGCUAAAACGUCUCGGUACGAGAUUCGGCUUGCACCGUGUUUGGAAACAUUUAAACUUAAAGGUUCAGAAAAAAUACAUUUGGAUAUUUUGAAACCAACAAAUUAUUUGAAGCUUUACUCGAAAGGAAUUGAAAUCAAAAGUGCUUCUUUGAAAUUAGCUGAUGGAACGGUUAUUAAAGAGAUUAAAAACGAACUUGAUCGUAAAUGGGAAUUAUUGACAGUUAAUUUUCCGAGUGAGCUACCACCUCAGAGAAUUGAACUAAAUUUUGAUUUUAACGGCGAAAUUUCCAGUGAAUUAUCGGGGUUUUAUAGAUCUCCCUACAAAGAUGCAAACGGAAAUAAGAAAAUGCUGGCUAGUACACAAUUUGAAAGUGUUUUUGCUCGACGUGCUUUUCCCUGUUUUGAUGAGCCUACCUAUAAAGCACAUUUUGAUAUUCAAUUGGAAGUAGAUGAACAAUUAACUGCUUUAUCUAAUAUGAAUGUUACUGAAGAAAAAGUUAUUGGAAACGGCAAAAAAUUGGUGACAUUUGCCAGAACUCCAUUAAUGUCCACUUAUUUGGUUGCUUUUGCUGUUGGAGAAUUUGAAUAUAUUGAGUCAAAAACGAAUGAUGGAUGUAUUGUUCGUGUUUAUACUGUGCCCGGAAAGAAAGAUAAAGGACAUUAUUCACUUUCAGUUGCCGUUAAAGCUAUUGAAUGGUUUUCUGAAUGGUAUGGAAUUAAAAUGCCUCUUCCAAAAUGUGACUUGAUUGCAAUUCCUGAAUUUUCUAUGGGUGCUAUGGAAAAUUGGGGUUUAAUAACUUUUCGUGAAUCCGCUCUCCUUUGUGAUCCUGUUUUGACCUCUUCAUCUACAAAGCAAAAUAUUACUCAAACAGUAGUUCACGAAGUUGGUCAUUUCUGGUUUGGUAAUUUGACAACAAUGAAAUGGUGGUGUGAUUUAUGGUUGAAAGAAGGUUUUGCUACAUUUAUGGAAUUUGUAAUGAGCGGUUAUAAUUAUCCUGAAUUUAAAUUAUGGCUCGACUUUGUAAGCUCUCAAACAGUUUCUGCAAUGGGGAGAGAUUCAAUGAGAAAUUCACAUCCAAUUGAAGUUCCAAUUAACAAUCCAAAUGAAUUAGAAGAUAUUUAUGAUAGUAUUACUUAUGAUAAAUCGAAUUGUGUUAUUCGAAUGUUGUUUAAUUAUUUGGGCGAACCAGCCUUUCAGAAAGGUGCACAAAUUUAUUUGGACCGUUUUAAAUAUUCUAAUGCAACAACUGAUGAUCUUUGGAAAUGCUUGAGUGAAGCAUCAGGAGUUGAUGUUGGUGCCUUAAUGUCUUCUUGGACACAACAAGUUGGGUUUCCUUUGGUAACUGUCCAAGAAAAAAUUUUGGAUGGCGAUAAACGUGAAUUGAUUUUAAAACAAAGACGUUUUCUAAUUGAUGGCAGUAUUGAUGAAAAUAAACCAGUUUGGCAAAUUCCAGUUUCUGUAACUAUUCGUUCUGAUCCUUCAAAGCCUGCUGCAAAAUUUUUAUUAACCAAAGAAGAAGAUAAAUUUGUUAUUGAGGGUGUUAAGUCUUCAGAAUGGAUUAAGGUCAAUUCAAAUUUCUCUUCUUUCUUUCGAGUCUUCUAUCCAGACGAAAUGUUAAAAAAGCUUCUUCAAGGAAUUCAAGACAAAGAACUUGAUGUAAUCACUGCUGGACUUCUCCCUAUUUCACAAUUUUUGGAAUUUUUUUCUGUUUGCGGUAAGGAGGAUAAUUUAAUUGUCUGGCAAUCUAUUAUAUCCUGUCUUUAUCAAAUAAACCAUAUUCUUAUUAAUUUGGUCGAUGAUGGUCGAUUAUUGGAGAGAUUUAAUCGCUUUGUUUGUAAAGUCAUUGAGCCUGUUGCUGAGCGUUACGGAUGGGAGCCAAAGGAAGGAGAAGAUAUGCAAACAUCCCAAUUGCGUUCUUUGCUAAUUGGUCGUUUAAGUCGGUCUAAACAUCUUCCAACUAUAGAAGUGGCAUUAAAUAAAUUUAAAGCGCAUGUAGAGAAAGGAGCUGAACUUGUUCCAGAACUGCGUUCUGUUAUUUAUGCAACUGCCGCUAGGUCCAACGAUGCCAAAAUUAUUGAGGCAUUACAGAAUAUUUUGACUACUUGUAACUUUGCUGAAAUCGAAAGUACAUGUAUUAUGGCCCUCGGUCAAUGCACAGAUUUAAAACUUUUGGAACAAAUAUUUAAUCAUGGAAUUCUUGAUAAUAACAUUAGAAGUCAAGAUAUUUUUAAGCUUUUUGCAUCAGUAAAUUGUUCUACUAAUUCCGCAGCUCAACGUUUUGCCUGGAACUUUUUUAAAGAUAAUAUUGAUUUAAUGACAAAUCUAUGGGAUCCAUCUUCAUCUUUGUUCGAGAAAGCUCUUUCGAUGAGUUCAAAUCAUUUUUGCUCAGCUUCUGAUUCUAACGACUUUCAGGUCCUUUAA